UCUUACCUGCAAUGCCCGUCGCAGAACUGUCCGCUUCGGGACUCGUCUUGCAGUCCCUACGAGUUCAUCGGCACGGGAUCAGUAAGGACCCCGCAGCCGAUCAGAGCAUUGCUAAUGGCAUCACCGCAGCGACUGCGAUCGGGGGGCCCUUACUCAAAACUUUCGCCCCACCAUUCGAAUCGCAUCCCUCCACUUCUCCUUCCUCCGCUAAUCUCACCCCUCCGCCAUGAUCAUCACCGAAGACACACCCGCGAGCCCGGUGAAGGCGACGACUCCGCUGCUCCCCAAUACGGCGAACGGGGCCAGUGGGAGCGCUCCGCCCCCUGCGUACUCGGCUCGCCAGCCGGGAGCGCCCUCCCCCCCUGGCCCGAUCUACUAUCAGGCCGUAUACCCGACCCCGAAUGCUAUGCAAUCGCCGCCGCCCGAGCCGACGUGGAAGCGCUUCGCCAAGGCCUUCGUCGUUGCCGUGCUGAUCUGGUCGCUGUUUGGAGCGCUGGUGCGCAGCAUGUCUGAGAAGUCGUUCAUUGGCCGCGGCGCGUCGUACCCGAUCCCGCCGGAGGUCUCGACGAACCGCUGCGUGUCGCAGUGGGGCCUGAGCGAGGUCACGCGCAACCCGCCGUUCUCGACGUAUGCGUACGCUGCGACGAAGACGUUCAAGUUCCCCGUCCCCGACGCGACGCUGCUGCUGCUCUCCAAGGGCGCGCUCUCCGCGGGGCGGCUGCAUGUGUCCGCGGGUACAGGCGACGAGGUGCAGGUGCGCGUGACGGUCGACUACGACGAGAAGACCGUCAGGGAUCUUGCGAAGAUCUGCAUGGUCGAGCGGGAGGCAGGGGAAGCUGGGCUCGGAAUCUUUACACCGAAGUACUGGCGCACGUACGGCCGAUUCCCCCGCCUCUUCUUCCGCGUUGAGCUGGUCCUGCCACGCGGGGUCUCACAUGUCAACGCGCUCGAGACCGACGUCAGCAAUUUCGCACACGACGUCGACUUGUUCGCCGGACUGAUCGAGUUUGGCACACUCAAUCUGGGGGGCUCGAAUGGGGACAUCCACACGCAGUCCGUGCGUGCGGGAAAUGUGUCUCUGACGACGUCGAACGGCAAGAUCGUGGCAGACCGGCUCGUCGCACCUACUAUCAAGCUCAAGUCUUCCAACAGUCAAAUAUCUGGGCAAUUCGUCGCCUCCGAGUCAUUCAAUCUGGAAACCAGCAACGGCAGAGUCACCGUGGAGCUGACGAUGAACAGCGAUGACCCGAGUGUGGCCAAGAAAGUAUCGAUCUACACCUCCAAUCACGAGCUCGACGCCCAGAUCAAGCUCUCGACCCCGUCUGGAUCCGGCGGCAUCUUCCCCAUCGACGUCGUCACCUCCAACGGCAAGCUCUCAGCGAAAAUCCUAUCAGCGCCGAUCGACACGACGCUGCGCGUGAACGCGCGGACGUCGAACGCCCUCGCCGUGCUCGAGCUCCCCGCGACCUACGAGGGCACCUUCGAGGUCGCCACGUCGAACGCCGCGACGGCCGUGCACCAGGCAAACACGGACGUGCCGGACCCCAAAUGCCGCCGCGGCGGUGGCCGGUCAUGUGGGCGCUCCCGCCAGCUUGUCACCCGCAUGCACAGCAAAGGCAGGUUCGCGGGGUCGGUGUACUGGGACCGCGAAAAUGAGGCGCGAGGCGAGGUCGUGCUCAAGUCGUCGAAUGGACCUGCUGAUAUCUACCUGUAGUGGUCUUUGUUUUUCUCCCUCGUGAUCUGAAUCUCUCGAAAAUAAACGUUCGUUUGCUGUUUGUUGGUAUGUAUAACCAGGCUGGAGGAAUGUCUUUG